AGGAGCAGCUCCGCUCCACAUGUCUGCCUGCUCUUAUCAACUUAUCAUAUAAGGGAAGGAAAGUGAUUGAUUCGGGUACCGGGGCCCUCAAAUCCUGGCCUGGGCGAGGAGAAGAAAGCGACAAGGCUUGUGGGACAAGCGGCACCGGGUCGUCCCCCCCCCCCCAGCUUCAAGGGGAGUCGCUUUUUUUUUUUUUUUUUUUUUUUUGGGCUUUCCGCAUCUGACAGCUGAGGGCACGGCGGCCGGGGAGAGGACGGCACGCUUCCAGUUUGCAACUGGGAGAGUGGAAAAAAAAAAAAAAAAAAAAAAAAAAGCCCAGCCCUCCCUCCUUCAGACGGCCCAUGGCCCCUGCGCAGGUUCGCUAGGUCCGCGCCCCGCUCCGCGCACUCGGGCACUCCGCGCUGGCCGGGGCUACCGCAGGAGUUAAGAUGCAGCUGAGCGUUUACUUCUUUUGGGGCUGCAGCUUUUUCCUAGCUUCGGGAUACAACUCCUUCAGCAAGAGCAUGGAGGCGAUGGGCAAGAAGCAGUACCAGGUCCAGCACGGGUCGUGCAGCUACACCUUCCUCCUGCCCGAGACCGACAGCUGCCGCUCCUCCGCUGCCUUCGUCUCCAACGCCGUCCAAAGGGAUGCGCCUUUGGACUACGAUGAUUCAGUUCAAAGACUGCAGCUACUUGAAAACAUCAUGGAAAACAACACUCAGUGGCUAAUGAAGCUUGAGAAUUACAUCCAAGACAGUAUGAAGAAAGAAAUGGUAGAGAUCCAGCAAACUGCAGUGCAGAACCAGACUGCAGUAAUGAUUGAAAUAGGCACAAACUUACUAAAUCAAACAGCUGAACAGACUCGCAAAUUAACAGAUGUUGAAGCACAAGUAUUAAACCAGACAACCAGACUUGAACUUCAGCUUUUGGAACACUCUCUUUCGACAAACAAACUAGAAAGACAGAUUUCAGAUCAGACCAAUGAGAUAACUAAAUUACAAGAAAAAAACAGCUUUCUAGAAAAAAGAGUUCUUGAGAUGGAAGACAAGCACACACUUCAGCUGAAGUCAAUAAAAGAUGAAAAAGAUCAGCUCCAAGUCCUAGUAGCCAGACAGAAUUCUAUUAUAGAAGAACUAGAAAAGCAGUUAGUUACAGCUACAGUAAACAACUCAGUUCUGCAAAAACAGCAACAUGAUCUGAUGGAGACUGUUCAUAACUUGCUUACUAUGAUAUCUACACCAAACUCAGCUAAGAACAACUUCAUAGCUAAAGAGGAGCAAAUCAGCUUCAAAGACUGUGCUGAAGCUUACAAAUCUGGACUUACAACAAGUGGAAUCUACACUUUAACAGUCCCAAACACUGCUCAAGAAAAGAAGGCCUACUGUGACAUGGAAACUGGUGGAGGCGGUUGGACUGUUAUUCAGAGACGUGAAGAUGGCAGCGUGGACUUUCACCGGACGUGGAAAGAGUACAAGAUGGGAUUUGGUGAUCCUGCUGGGGAGUACUGGCUGGGAAAUGAGUUUGUUUCUCAACUGACUAAUCAGAAGCGCUAUGUUCUUAAAAUACACCUGAAAGACUGGGAAGGAAAUGAGGCAUAUUCAUUGUAUGACCACUUCUCCCUUGCAAACGAAGAACUAAAAUACAGGAUCUACCUUAAAGGACUUACUGGGACAGCGGGCAAAAUAAGUAGUAUAAGCCAACCAGGAAAUGAUUUUAGCACAAAGGAUGCAGACAAUGACAAAUGUAUUUGCAAAUGUUCACAAAUGCUAACAGGAGGGUGGUGGUUUGAUGCAUGUGGUCCUUCUAACCUCAACGGAAUGUAUUAUCCAUUACGGCAGAACAACAACAAGUUCAACGGUAUCAAGUGGUACUACUGGAAAGGCUCAGGAUACUCUCUCAAAGCCACGACUAUGAUGAUUCGACCAGCAGAUUUCUAAAUGCUUUUGCAUUAUGUGAAUUACGUAUUGUAUAGUCUUCAAAGACUUCAUUUGCUGAGCAUAUAAACACACAUCUGCAAUUUGUCUCAUUUUCAAGCCCAGAAAACAUGCGCUAGUGUUCUGAAGGGAUCAGUUCAGUACAAUUCCUGAAUUGCAAUAGCCUUGAUCAGCUAAAGCUCAUAUUAUUCAGCCAGACACAAAGUCUAAAGCAUCAACCUGGUAUAACAGUGAUUUGGCCAAAUGACUGAAUAAAAAGAACAUCCAAGAAACUGUCAGCCAACUUAAGGACUCUGUUUUACUGAUCAUUUAUGUUAUGUAUGUGUUAGUAAAUAACUGGAACUGUGAAAAAUACCUAAAAUAGUUUUAGAAGUAUGCAUUUUGCCUCAUCACUGAACUUUAAACAUUACUCUAAUAUAAAACACUUAACUAGAUCUAGAACUAUUUAUCUCUGUGUCAUGUUUGCCUUUUAUGUACAUAAAAAAAAAUACUGUCCUGUAAUUAGCUCAAUACUGUAGUUGAAGAAUACAUUCUUUUCCCCCAUAGUCUCCUAAACAAUUUCUUACACUUAUUCAGGGAUUUUUUCCAAUAGCCUGUAUUACUUUAUUUAACAGAGGACAAAUAGCAUUUAAGUACUUUGCAUUUAUUCUUGGGAAAUACUGUGUACAAAAAUCACCAUUUCUUUCAGUUUGUACUUAUUACAGUCACUAUCUUUAAGUUACAGAAAUCCCUGAAAAUUACAAUAUACUAUCUGUUUCUUUAUAUUUUUAUGAAGAUUGCACUUUUUUUCCUUUCCUUGUCAUUUACCUGUAAAAUAACUGAUCAGUAUUUUACAAACCGAGACAACGGCAUUAACACCAAAUGUCCAGUUGUCUAUGACAAUCAGUUAUCACCUGGUGCUGUAGUACAUCUGUAUGUUUUGUAAAAAUAACCUAACUGAAAAACAUAUGCAUAUUCUUUGAUCCAAUUAAAUUUAUGCUCAUGAGUUAAAAUACAAAUUACUACAUUUUAAAAACAGGAAAAAAAUAAUCUGAAAGUUAUUAAUGUCACACUGUUGGGUUCUUUUCAGUAAGGUUAGGACUUCUCCAUAGAAAUUCCCUGUAGGUAGGCCCUCAAUGUAUGACACAAUGUGAAUAAAUUACUCUACUGGGUGAUUUUUGCUUUUUAAACUUUUUAUUAUUACUACGUGCUUUAAAAUUUUGUACUAUGCACUGCAGUUCAGAUAGAGAAGAUAUUUCUUCAUAAAUCACACAAAAUAAUUUUGUGCAGAUUUUUUCCUAAAUUAACCUUAGGUUGUAAUUCUCAUGUUUAGUCUUUGCCUUAAAGUAAUGACUUUGUAAAUUUCUAAUUUCAGCAGAUGACUGAAUUAGUUACAAAAUGAGAAUAUAUCUCAUACCAAAACAAAACAAAACCCCCAGACACAACAUUUAUGGGGACUUACUUAACAAAAGGUAAUUAAUCUUAAAAACAGUAAAUGAUUUUGAGAAAGAUGGAAGAAAACACUUCAUUUUAUACUGACAGUCAUUAAAGUUGGUGUCAGAGUAUCCCACCACUCAAACCACUGCCAUUCUCUGAAAAUGGGUCAGCAUUACUAAAGGGCAGCAGUGACAAAAAAAUGCUUCUAAUAUUACUUCAUGGUCUGAUUUUAAAUAAAUCUAAUGAAUGUAAAUUAACAGGCAUCAUCUGAAGAGUUGCAUAAAAUAAUCUGAAUGUAUUCAAGAUUACUGUUUAAGUAUUUUAUUGUUUCUCCUAGCAAACUUGUAAGGAUAAACAUAACCCAAGCUAAAAAAAAUACUUCACAAAAUUGCUUUUAUGAAUUUCUAAGAAAUGUCUUAAAGAGCAGGUCUAGUAGAGGGCCACCAAGCUAGUAAAGGAGGUAGUCAUACCAAGAAGCAUGCAACAUCCAGAGAGGCUGAGAGAACUGGCCUUUUUCAGCCUGGAGAAGAGAAGGGGAAGGGGGGACCUUACUGCUGUCUGCACCUGCCUGAUCAAGGACACAGAGAAGACAGAGUCAAGCCCUUCUUGGAGUGCACGGCAAUGGGACAAGAGAUAGGGACAAGAGGCAGCAAACACAAGUUCAGAUUGGAUUUUCUUUUUAAUUUACUCAUUUAUUACCAUGAGGGUGGACUGGAAAAGUCCCUUGGAGCGGAACGUUGAACUAGGCAACCUUCAGAGGUCCCUUUCUAAUCUAAAAUAUUUUAUGAUUCUGUGAAAUUUAGUAGAAAUACUGAGUCUAGAUUACUGUAUUUCCUGCUUCAUUGCAUUUAAUCAGACAACUAAAGAAAAUACUCCCAACGUUUGACACAGUAAGAGUAUCCAGCCCAAUAAUCUAAAAAAAAUAAUAAAUUAAAAUAAAAGCUUUUUCAAAACCAUGAUGGAAUCUGGCAUAGUGUGAAUGCUCAACCUGGCAACAGAAAAUAGUUCUAACUUGUGGUUGACAUUAACCUUCAUUAUUUUAGUAAGAAAACACUAUAUGAUAAGAACAAUUAAAUAUUGCAUGGCUAGUUUUGAUUUGUUGUAAGAAAGUCUUUAUUAAGCUUAAGGCUUUUUGAUGACUGUUCUGGGAAAGUGAUUGAAGACAUUGAUGUAGACAUUGAACAGUUCAGUUGUUUAUUGAGACUUUCAGUUUUGGAGGAAAUGGAGUAAUUUAUGAACAUGAAUGUAAAAAUUUAGAGUGAAUAUAUUUUUAAAGGACAUUUUAUCUAAGCGAGAGUGCAUGGCUUAAACUGCAAACACUGAAGUAAAGUGAGAGGAGGACAUUUUGGAAGGAAUGCAAUGAUAGGAAAAAGAAGGCUGCAACAACUGCUUUGGACUUGGUACAGACAAUUAAAACAUAACAGCAAGAUAACCCCUUCUUUCAGUUCCUUCCUGUAAUCAAAUAAAUGGUAUAUUAAACUAGAAUGCACUUCCAUUUUCUCUAAAUAGAGAAAGAAUAAUAAGAAAAGAAAGGGAAUAUAAACACCAUUCACGUUCAAAUAAUAAUCGUAUUUUUAAAAAUAAGAUAUCUGUUACAGUAAGAAACCAGAAUGACUUGAAUAGGGAAUGAUUGGAAAGGUGAUGGAAAGACGACCUUGGACACUGACUUUGUUCCUCUGCAAGAGGAGAACACUGCAAACAGAAGUGAUUCAGGUUCUCAGCACAACCAUAACCUCCUUCAGUUUUAUCUUCUCACCAUCUCUCAAGCCCUCUUUACUUCUGCUUUAGGAAUAAAAACUGUAAACAGAAUCUAAAAAACAAUCACAGCAGGACUCACUUCCAAACAAAGCUAUGUAAGUUGUUACUGAUAGCAUAGUAGUCUGAGAAGAAAUAGAAAACUCAGUUUAAUCUGAAGUAUUGUAUUCUUUUUUUCAUACAAAUAGAGAAAAAAGGGGAAAAAAAAGAACAUGUUUCUUAGUUAUUUUUCACAUUAAA